AUGGCUCCAAAUCGUCUUGACGUCAUUUUCAAAGGGAAAGAGGGGAUGAAGCAUGCUGCCGUCAAACCACGCCCCAGAGCCAUUGUAGUUUUGGCCAAGCGCCUUGUCGUCAUCCCAGCUCGCAGAAGAUUUAGUCAUCAUCAGCAAUGGGGUGUAAAGUAUGCAAGGACGGACUUAGGAGUUAACAAGGACUUAACCAUCUGCAUGGAACCGGGUGGUGGCAAUCAUUAA